AUGGAGAGUUGCUCGGUUGCAGCCACUCCAAUGAAUUCUUCUAGCAAGUUAGACAAAAAUGAUGAUGGACAAAGCGUUGACAUCACUGCCUAUAGAGGGCUCAUCGGCUCUUUGCUCUACCUUACUGCUAGCCAACUCGAUAUUCAGUUUGAUGUUAGUGUCUGUGAAAGAUUCCAGGUUAAUCUUAAACUAUCACACUUUAUUGUUGUUAAGCGUAUUUUGAAGUAUUUCAAGGGAACUCAAAAUGUGGGAUUGUGGUAUCCGAAGGAUUCCAAUUUCAAUCUAAAAAGCUUCUUAGAUGUAGAUUAUGCAGGUUGCAAGAUUGAUCGAAAAAACACCUGUAGAACUUGCCAAUUUCUUGGUGAUCAUUUGAUUCUCUUAGUUCUGCAAGAAACAGACUUCAGUUGCUAUGUCUACAACUGA